GUGUUCGAACGGAGAACUUUUCGGUGCGGACCGGAAGUACGUCAUGAGUCACAAAAAACAUGGCGGCGUCCUCUGAAAUAUGGGGCUGAGUUUAAAGUAGUGAUUGCUUGCUAUAUAAUUCGUGUAUCUUUUGUCUUUAUGCUGCACAACGUUGCAGUGGAUUGUUUGAAAACAAAGACAUUUUCUCGGUUCGUAACUCCUUUUUUAUGAUCCACACUGUGGCAAUAUGGUUAGCUGGUCCUGCUGUGGACCUGUCACAGCCUGUGUGAUAGCCUGGGUUUAGAUGGCAGCCCGUCCACCUAAUCUUGUUACGGAAACAUGUGGACUUUGAAUUAUUGUAACGUUAGGACGAGUGGACUUAGAGUAUUAUAUGCCUUUUUCAAUCAUUCUUAUAAGAGGGAGUUAAAACCAUGCACCAAAAGAGUGUAUUACAGCAGCCUCCCAGUUCAGUGCCACUCAACACACAGAGCUUCUAAACCACCGUGGAGAGUACUGUUUUUUGGAAGCGAUGACUUUGCAGUGGAAUCUCUAAAGCUUCUCCACGCAAGUCUAGAGUCAAAUGAGAGGGUUGUGGACACGCUGGAAGUUGUGACUCUGACAGAUUCUGCUCCAGUGUGGAGAUACGCCAACCAGCACCAACUAAAUGUCCACGACUGGCCCAAUGUGGAUGUCCACGGUCGGUUUGACGUCGGAGUUGUGGUGUCAUUCGGAUGCCUGCUGAAAGAUAAUCUGAUCAACCAGCUGCCAUAUGGGAUCCUGAAUGUGCACCCCAGUCUGCUGCCGCGCUGGAGGGGCCCGGCCCCUGUUUUCCACACCAUCUUGCAGGGAGACACGCUGACUGGGGUCUCGAUCAUGCAGAUCCAGCCCCUGAGGUUUGACGUGGGCCCAAUCCUGCAGCAGGAGCUGUAUGAGGUACCGCCCCGCUGCACAGCUGAUGAGCUGGGACAGACUCUCGCUGUUGUGGGAGCCAGAUUGUUAAUGGAUACCCUGAGGAAUCUUCCAGAAAGAAUCUCCAAGCGGAAGGUGCAAGCAAAGGAAGGGGCAACCUUUGCCCCUAAGAUCAGUGUGUCCAUGAGCUGGCUGGUGUGGGAGGACCAGACGUGUGUGCAGAUCGACCACCUGUACCGAGCCAUCGGGUCACGGAUUCCAUUAAGAACCAUCUGGAUGGGAAGGACUGUGAAGUUGUCGGACUUUGUUGGGAAGUGCAAUGUUUCACUCACAGGCGUCCAGUCAUCAGUCCCCGGCACCAUAUGUUUUCUGAAGGAGAUAAACUCCCUAGCUGUGCGUUGUAAGGACGGCUGGGUGGGGUUUAAAACGGUAAAGCUCAAGAAGCGUCUGUCAGCGGCAGAUUUCUACAAUGGCUAUCUGCACCAGAGUGUCUUCAGGACGUCACCGACAGCUACAGACUGUGUGUUUCAAAGUGUCAAAGCUGGAACCCUCAAAUCAAACAAGACAGACUCUUAUGUCAUGGGCAAGAGCACCCAAUGAACACCCUGCAGCGAUUACUGUUUAAUCCAAUCAGAAGCAUCCAGAUCAAUUCAUAGUAUCCUUUGGUUUGUCUGUUUUAAGACAAAUUGUUGAUGUCAAUGUACAUUUGUUGUGCCUCGUGACUGUGAUGGCAUAAAUGACCAUUAAACAGAUCUAAAAG